UUCAGAUAUCACUACCCCUUCUUGGGUACCAGCAAUGCUUUUCAGUCACACAAAUGGACUUCGGUGGUGCCCAAUCUGAUCGCAACUGUGGUUGGUGGCUUCAACACGUACAACUUUGCAGCAACGCACAAGAUGGUCACAUUGGCGUUUCAAGAGCUUCCACUUAUGGUGGAGAUCUUCAGUCAGGCCGAGGGUGGCGACAAGCUGUUUGGGACAGCUGAGGUUUCCUUGGCAAGUGUCCUGAGAUGUCCUGCAUCUACUGUCCUGAAGGACAAUGGAGUGACAGGACAAAGAAGGAUGCAGACAAGCAAAGUUUCCAUUAUGGACCCUAGAGGGAAAGUGAUUGGAGAGCUUCAAGCAGUCGUGUGCCUUGAUGACCUCGGCAUCACGUCUCUUCCACCCAGAGAGCCGCCUAGCAGCUUGGGUGAUGCAGCCAGUAAACCUCCUCAGGCACAGGCCGCAACAGAGUCGCAGGAGCGGGAAAUCUUUAAAGUAAUGACAGAGCUUGAGCUGUGGAAGGAGCAGCAGGAGAUAAUGUUCAGAGCCCGGUUAAAAGAAAAAGAGGAUGCCCAUCUUCGUGCUCUUACAGAGGAGUGGAAGCGGCAGGAUUUCGAGCGAGACACUGUUCUAAGGAGAAAGAUAAAGGAGAACAAGGAACUAGAAGAGAAGCUCAGGUCACGCUUGAAAGAGGUUGAGUCGCGGGAAGAAGCCCACGCUCGGAGAGAGGCUGAGUUUGAAAAGCAAAAGUCUGAGUUCCAGUUCCUGAAGACCCGCCUUCAGAAAGAAGCGAAAGAAACACUGAGACGCUCACUAGAGGAGUACGAGCACAUGCUGAACAUUGAGAAAAAAAAAGUUCUUGAGCUGGAAGCCGAAAAGCAUAAGUUGAAGAGACAGAUUUCCGAUCUGGAAGCCAAGCUUCAAGAGCGUGAAAAGCUCUUGGAAGAAUUGAAGACCAGUCAGAGAGACGCUUUCUCACAGGAGCUCAAAGUUCAGAUAGACUACGAAAAGGCGCUUGCCGAGAAGGUGCAAUUAUUAAAAGAACUGCAUGAAGCAUUGCGUCAGAAAGAACAGUACAAAGAAAAGUGUGAUCACGCCGAAAGCCAGCUUGCAGCUUGCAAGCAACGUUUGAGGCAGACGCAACAGCAAGACCUACAAGAUCGGCACGAUGAAGUGGAGAGGCUUUAUCAACAGGCCAAAGCGCGCUAUGAAAGGGAUCCUUCAGCCAUGGCGACCUCUGCGGGUUUGCGUCCACUGAGCCCGCCAGACGAGGGGGCUUCGUUUGCAACGCCAGAGAAGACAUCGCCGACACACCACACGCCAACUGUCGAGGCCAUGAGAGAAAAGUUGGGAGGAUUACAGCUCACAGCUACAUCUCUGCAAGCUCAAAGGCAGGACCCUAGCUCGCCCGUUGUCUUGGAACAGUCGCCACCCGGUGCUUCUGCAGCCUCCACUUCCUCGUGGAUGGAGCACAUGCGGAGGCUCAUUGAAGAACGAGACACCCUACUCAAUUCUGGCGUGUAUAGCAAGGAGGAUGCAAUUAUUGUUGAGUUGAAUAGGCGCAUUGCUGACACUGUCAGAAAGCAUGUGUGAGCUGCUGAAGGCUAGCAGAAAA